AUGGGGAAUUGCUCUAUCAAGAGUACCACUGGAGAGUGUCACCACUCCAUUCGGGUUCUGAGUGAUAGUGGUGCUAUUUUACAAUUCAAAGCUCCUAAAACAGUAGCUCAAGUGCUUCAACAUUACCCAGGUUAUGGUAUUUUUCGCCAAGGUCAUGCCUCAUCACCUUUGCCACCCCAAGAGAGCUUAAGCUAUGCUCUUUUCUAUUAUCUUCUUCCCUUGAAGGAGGUGCAAGUCAACACAAGUGGGGUUUCAGAACAACAACCAAACGAGUCACUUGGUGGUGCACCUUGUGAUUAUGUGAAGAAUCUAGCAAAUGGGUCUGCUCUUGAAGUCCUGUCAUCAGCUAAGAAUGGUGUAUGGAGAGUGAAGUUGGUGAUUGACACAAGACAACUAGAGGAGAUUUUGUCAGAGGAGGUGAAUACUGAGGCACUGAUUGAGAAGAUGAGGAUGGCUGCAACUGCAAGCUCUACUAGUAGCCCUACAAGGAGCAGAACCAUCACCACUUGGAAGACAACGCUUUUAGGUACAUUCUGGACGCACGUUAAUAGUGGAAAGAUUACUAAUAGCACUGCCACUGCAGGGUCUAAUUUGGGUUUGAGUUCUUGUUAG